CCGAACUCAGCCACACCCACCCCACCCCACCCAGCUCAAAUCCGACGCCACCAACGACCGCGCCACCAAAAGCUUCCGCCUUUUCCUCCACUGAUCCCUCCUCAUCUUCUCUCUCACGGAGUCCAGGCCACCCCUCUCCUCCCUCGCUGUCUCCUUUCUUUCUUCCUCUGCGCUCGCGCGUGUGCCCCGCUGUUUAUGCGCCGGUAGAUCCCCGACGCGACGCGUCCCGCGGAGGAGGAGCUAGGCAGGCCGAGAUGAACUCGACGGCGUACUCGCGGCCGUCCAAGCUGCCGGGCGGCGCCGGCGACAGGAGGCCGCCCACGCGCCUCCGGGGCUUCGCCUCCAAGAUCGAGCCCAAGAAGCUCGGCGCUGGCCUCCUCGCCGGCUGCUGCCUCGCGCUCCUCACCUACGUCUCCCUCGCCAAGCUCUUCGCCAUCUACUCCCCCGUCUUCGCUAGCACAGCCAACACGUCCGGCCUGCUCCAGAACGCCCCGCCGGCGUCGUCGUCGUCGUCCGUCCCGGAGACGACGGAUGCCAUCCCGGCCGAAGACACCACAUUCAUCGGCCGCGAGAACGGCAACGCCGUGGAUCCCGUCGAUUUCCCAGAGGAGGGCCCGGCGUCGGCCGGCUCUCAAGAACCCGGCGUGCCGGAGGUGCUCUCGAGAAAGGAGGACGAAGCCGAGAAGGCGGCGGAGGCGGCGACGACCUCCGUGCCAAAGCCAUCCGCGGAGGGCGGCGCCGGCGGGGAGGGUGCGGCAUUAGCAAAGAUGAGCUGCGACGAGAACGGGGUGGACGAGGGGUUCCCCUACGCGCGUCCGUCGGUGUGCGAGCUGUCCGGCGACAUCCGGAUCAGCCCCAAGCAGAAGACCAUGUACCUGGUGAACCCGUCGGGCGCCGGCGGCUUCGACGAGAACGGCGAGAAGCGGCUCCGGCCGUACGCCCGCAAGGACGACUUCCUCCUCCCCGCCGUGGUGGAGGUGACCGUCAAGUCCGUCCCCUCGGCGGCGGCCGCGCCGCAGUGCACGAAGCGGCACCUUGUCCCCGCGGUGGUGUUCUCCGUGGCCGGGUACACGGACAACUUCUUCCACGACAACACGGACGCGCUGAUCCCGCUGUUCCUGACGGCGUCGCACCUCAAGGGCGAGGUGCAGCUGCUCAUCACCAACUACAAGCCGUGGUGGGUGCAGAAGUACACGCCGGUGCUGCGCAAGCUCUCCAACUACGACCCCAUCAACUUCGACGCGGACGCCGGCGUGCACUGCUUCGCGGCGGGGUUCCUGGGCCUGUACCGCGACCGGGACCUCAUCAUCUCGCCGCACCCGACCCGCAACCCGCGCAACUACACCAUGGUGGACUACAACCGCUUCAUCCGCUCCGCCUACGCGCUCCGCCGCGACCGCCCCUCGGCGCUCGGGGAGGUGCCCGGGAUGCGGCCGCAGAUGCUGAUCAUCUCCCGCGGGGGCACGCGGAAGCUGCUGAACCUGGAGGAGGUGGCCGCCGCCGCGACGGAGCUGGGGUUCAACGUGACGGUGGCGGAGGCGGGGGCGGACGUGCCGGCGUUCGCGCCGCUGGUGAACUCCGCGGACGUGCUGCUGGCGGUGCACGGGGCCGGGCUGACGAACCAGAUCUUCCUGCCGACGCAGGCGGUGGUGGUGCAGAUCGUGCCGUGGGGGAACAUGGACUGGAUGGCGACCAACUUCUACGGGCAGCCGGCGCGGGAGAUGCAGCUCCGGUACGUGGAGUACUACGUGGACGAGGAGGAGACGAGCCUCAAGGACAAGUACCCUCGGGAGCACCUGGUGUUCAGCGACCCCAAGGCGCUGCACAAGCAGGGGUGGCAGGCGCUCGCCGAGACCAUCAUGAAGCAGGACGUGAAGGUGAACCUCACCAGGUUCCGGCCCUUCCUGCUCCAGGCCAUCGACAAGCUGCAGGAGUAGCCGCGGCGCCGGCGCCGGCGUCUCCGUUGUCAUCGCAGGUUGGUAAUGGAAGGUAUACCACUCACGGUCACAAUCACAUAAACAUACACAGGCAAACACGGCGGCGAGAAACAUUGUAAUACUGGAAAGGGUCAUUGUCUGAUGAACAUAGGAGGCUUCGAAUUGGUUUGUUGGUUGGUUUUGUAUUUACUCAUUUUGGUUGGAUAGUGCAGUUGCACGCAAGAGGAAUGUUCAUUAUUUGUUCUUCA